GGCAAUCAGUUUGAUCAGCUGCUUUCCCUGAUUGGAACGAAAAUUGAAAAGAAAACGACUCGUUUAAGAAAGCCUAUUUCUCCAUCAGAAAGACUGGCACUUUGUUUGAGGUUUUUAGCUACUGGUGGAACAUAUGCAGAUCUUUCCUUUAGAAUUGGCAAAUCAACAGUAUGCAAUAUUAUACGCGAGAUCUGUGAAGCAAUUUGUCAGACUUUAGGCCCAUUGUGGAAACACAUUGCUAUACAAGCCCUACCAAAUGCAGGAUCGUCCUAUAUAAAUUAUAAAGGAUUCCACAGCCUUGUCUUAAUGGCUGCAUCUGAUGCUCAUUAUAGAUUUUUGUAUGUGGACAUUGGAAAUUAUGGGCGAAUUAGUGAUGGCGCAGUUCUUGACAAUUCUUCACUAGGUCGAAAGUUACAAAACUCAAAUUUUUUACUUGAUCCAGCAUUGCUUCCUGAAAGUAACAAGGUUUUGCCAUUUGUUUUUAUUGCGGAUGAAGCAUUUCCUUUAAAAACAAAUAUGUUGCGGCCAUUCCCAGGGAAACUCCUUCCUCAGAAUAAAAGAAUAUUCAAUUAUCGUCUGGCAAGGGCAAGGAGGUGCAUCGAAAAUGCAUUUGGAAUUUUGACGGCUCGAUGGAGAGUACUUCGAAACACUCUCAACGUUCAGCCAGACAAAGCAGAUAGAAUUGUGUUUGCUUGCUGCUGCUUGCAUAAUUUUCUCAUGAGAAAUGAAAUGGGUAAGGCUGCGAAGAGCUACUGUCCAUUUGGAUAUGCAGAUUUUAUGUUUGAAGAUGGAUCUGUUCAAGAAGGCAUGUGGAGGCAAGACGAGGGCCAUUUACAAUCGGUCGACAAGGUGCCAAUAAUGCUACCGAAUGUGCAGCUGCCAUUCGAGAAAGAUUCAUGCAUUAUUUUUCUGUUUUCUUUAUGUUUCUUUUUGUAUGUAAAUUGUGUGUUAUUUAAGCUAAUUUCAUAUGUUUAUUGCAUAUUAGUAAUAUUCUAUAAUAAAAAGACAUUUUCUCUUUGCAAGUAAUAUAUUAUGUAGCAAAAAAAAAAAAAAAAAAAAAAAAAAAAAAAAAAAAUGAAGUCAAUGAGCAUGGGAGAGUUGAAGCUAUUUUCCCAACUCAUGCAGUAAGCUCAGAAAACCCAUUUUUGCUUUGUAUUUUGCCUCUUUGCUUAAUUCUUUAAAAUCCGGUAGCAUACUCAGUAGGAAAUUUCUGUCGGGAUCAUCAUCGUCUUUUUCCGUCAAUACAGAGGUAGUACUUCUCAUGAAAUCCAGAAUUUCAUCUGUUGCAUCUUUUUUCCUCUUUUUAGUGCAGACAUUGGAUGCUGAAUCGCCAUUCUUUAAUGCAGAUGUUUUGGAGCCUGGCUAAAAUCGACCCUAUCUGUCAUUGCCUCUGUCCUGUCUGUCAUUAUUGACAGACUUUCUAAAUCGGUGACACCCCUUUCGUCAUCAGAAGGAACAGUGGCACUCAAGUCGAAUUCUGAGUCAUGUAUAGAACUAUUGAGGCUUGGCUCCAUAUUUUCUUCCAUCUCCUCAUUCCAAGUAUCAUUAGUGAUUGUUCUGCAAACAAAA